UGGAAGGAGUGCCAAGUCAGAGUCAUGGGGGAUUUCAAAGGCCAUGCUCUCCCUGGAACCUUCUUCUUUAUCUUGGGGAUUUGGUGGACAACAAAGUGCAUUCUGAAAUAUGCCUUCAAAAAGCACAAGCGGACUUCCUACCUUGAUUCCAAAGUAUUAUUCCAUCGAGUAGAAAUUUUGGAGGGAAUCAUAAUAGCUGGAAUGGCUUUAACUGGCAUGCUUGGAGAACAGUUUAUUCCUGGAGGACCGCACCUGACCUUAUAUGACUACAAAGAGGGCCAGUGGGUCCAACUCCUGGGCUGGCAUCAUUUUACCAUGUACUUCUUCUUUGGGCUGCUGGGUGUGACAAACAUCUUAUGUUCCACCAUCAGGUCACUUCCUGCCUCCUUUACCAAGUUAAUGUUAGCAAAUGCCUUAUUUGUGGAGGGUUUUGUCUUCUACAAUCACACUCAUGGUCGGGAGAUGCUGGACAUGUUUGUGCACAAGCUUCUGGUCUUGGUCAUCUUUUUGACAGCCCUGAUUGCCUUCUUGGAGCUGUUCAUACUGACCAAUAUAACUGUGGAACUUCUGCGGAUAAGCUUUUUCCUACUUCAGGGAAGCUGGUUCUGGCAGAUUGGGUUUGUCCUUUAUCCCCCCAGUGGAGGUCCUGCAUGGGAUUCAGUGGAUCAUGACAACGUUAUGUUUCUCACCAUAUGCUUUUGUUGGCAUUAUGCAAUAGCCAUUAUCAUCAUUGGAGCAAUUUAUGCCUUUGUCACCUGGAACAUUUACCCCACAUCUAGCACCCCUAUAGAGUUCUGCAAGAAUGGUGGAACCUGGGAAAAUGGCAGAUGCAUUUGUCCAGAAGAGUGGAAAGGACAGAGAUGUACAAUCAAAGGCACUGUGGGAUCUACAGGUGUUCUCUUCACUGUGCUGAAAGGAACUAGGGAUUCUCUGGUUUCUGGUUCCACAGUUGUAAAUGCAAGUGUGGACAAACUGAAUCUGAAUGAACAGGCUGAACUUCAGAUCUUGCUCAACACCAUGAAAACUAAUGCCAAGGCAUGUGGCUUUGUAGUGUAUCAAAACAGCAAGCUUUUCCAAUCAAAAACUUUUAUAGCUAAAUCACAUUUUAGUCAAAAAAUUAUCUCAAGCAAAACUGAUGAAAAUGUGGAAGAUGAGAGCACUUCUGUUGAAAUCGUUUUUAGUCCAAGGUACAAUGAAAAAGAAUUCCAGCUUCAUUCCUAUGCCUGUGACUAUUGGAAUUUUUCCCUGAAGGAUUGGGACACACAUGACUGUCACAAAGAAGGAGUCAUUGAUGGAUUCUUGCGCUGCCGCUGCAACCAUACUACUAACUUUGCGGUAUUGAUGUUGGGAAGGUCCGUUUACCACUGGCCCACUGAGCUAUGAGCUAGAUUUACAGUGGGUAAUAAUAUUCUUUUGUUCCCUCAUGAUUUCACUGGAGUAUUUUUUGUAGUUGUUUUGUUUAUUAAUUUUAUUUAUUUAUUUAUUUUCAGGAAAGUCAGAAAAACCUCAGUAACCUGGGUAUUGGUCAAUCUGUGCACAUCAAUGUUGAUUUUCAACCUCCUGUUUGUGUUUGGAAUCAAAAACUCCAAUAAGAACUUAAAGACACUUAGUGACACUGAUAAUACUGACUUGAGCAAUAAUGAAAUGUCCAGACAAGACACCAUUGUCAUCUCGAAUCCCACAUGCACUGCGAUUGCUAUCUUGCUGCACUAUUUUGUGUUAGUGACAUUUACCUGGAUGGGACUCAGUGCUGCCCAGCUCUAUUUCCUUCUUAUUAGGACCAUGAAGCCUUUUCCUCAGCAUUUCAUUCUUUUCAUCUCUUUAAUUGGAUGAGGAGUCCCAGCUAUAGUGGUAGCUGUGACAGUGGGAAUUAUUUAUUCUCAGAAUGGGAAUAAUUCACAGUGGGAGUUAGACUACCGGCGAGAGGAAAUCUGCUGGCUGGCAACUCAAGAAAGCAGUGGUUUGAUAACAAGUCCAUUGUUGUGGUCAUUCAUCAUACCUGUGACCAUUAUCCUUAUUAGCAAUGUUGUUAUAUUUAUUGUCAUUGUAGUCAAAGUGCUGUGGAAGAAUAAUCAGAAUCUGAAGAGCACAAAGAAGUUUUCAAUCCUAAAGAAGUUUCUUAGCACGUUAUCUGUUGCCGUCGUUUUUGGAGUUACCUGGAUUCUGGCAUACUUAAUGCUAAUGGAUGAUGAUGGCAUCAGGGUCACCUUCAGCUACUUAUUCUGCCUUUUCAACACUACUCAGGGAUUGCAAAUUUUUAUCCUCCACACUGUCAGAACAAAAAUCUUCCAGAGUAAAGCUUCCGAAGUGUUGAAAUCAUUGUCGUUAACUGCUGGGAGGGUGAAAGUGCUGCCAUUAGUGACCCCACUGAGGCUGUAUGUAAGGAUGUAUAACGUGCUCAGGUCAUUACUAGCCCUAAAUGAACACUUUUGGCUGCUGGAGCCAUCUAUACUUACCAAGGAAAUGGCAUCGUCUGAAAGUGACCAAGAAAACCCAAGCAUCUAGACAGGAAAACUGUUA